GAAUGCGCCGGGCCUUAAAUCUUCGGUACCCAGCUUUGUUUGUGAGGUGCUCUGCACGGCUUGAACUUGUCGCAAGAUGUUCUUGCAUUUCUCGUUCUCCGCACAUGUAGAAGGCUCCAGUAUUGUUAAGUCGUUUCAACAUCCACAUUAAUCUUCAUGGCUCGAAGGAAUCUGGUGUCGGCUCCGGCUGAGCGUGCCGGCCCCCGGUGGCCAGCGCCUAUGCCCCCAUCGCCCAGGGAGAAGCCGACGGAAGCCCGAAAGCCCGAACCCCACGACCCGAGGAGUGCAGAGGUGCUUUCCGGGUGGCGCGCCACCGUAUCUUGUGUCGGCUCCGGCAUCUGUGCGUGAAUUGGGGAGUUGUGCUGACAACCGCGGUCCGCGGAUUGCCGGUUGUGAGUUUGGGCGGGACAGUCAAGUCAACCGUAUCGCAUUACACUAAUUACAAUGGUUGUUCCGUUAUUGGCAGGAAGCACCGUCUGCCAUGCAGGGUAGUGGACCUGGGUGUGGUUGGCAGUUAUGUGUCUUCCGCUCAACACCCGGUUGUAUAGGCGUAUAGCUCUAGUGCAAGAAGAGGGAUAGGAACCGCGGGUGUGGUUCGUGCCUUCCGCACUUGCAGGGAGUCGGGGCUCUGCUGUCUCUGCUGCUUUGAGUCACACGGGCUCAGGCAGGACACGGGGGCGGGACAGAAAGCCUGUGCGUGUGUGGCACAGCCGGUGGGGUUGUUCGUCCACACGGUCUGGGUAUGGUGUGCAGGGCCGUAGCAGGCCUGAAUACGGCUACCUGAAAUUCACGUCAGGCUAGCACCCGGCGCUAUGCUCUAGAACAACAACCACACGGCUUUUAUACCCAGGCCGGGCACGGUUUGGUCGUUUGGGAUCCUGGAUCCUGGGCCAGGCCAGGCCGGAUCUGGAAUGCUCGUGAAUGUUCGUUUCACGAGCAACACGUCAUCAACGGGG